GAUAUCACUUUACGAGUCUAUAUGCACUCUCCGACCGAUCAAAGUCAUGUCAAGUAAUUACGGUCCAUCGUCGUAUCUCAAGAAGAGCACGAAAGCGGAGACUGGAGGGAGUGCGAGCGAGAUUGGUGAGAGUGUGGAUAAGCAACUGGAGGCGCUGGAUCAGAAAGUGGCAGACAAGACUGACGAGCUACUACAGGAGUUGGACAAAAUGUCCAACCGGAUAGACGCUCUCAAGUCUUCCACUCAUGCCCUCGUCAACGAACCCAUCGACCAACAACAAUAACCCCGCGCCCAAUUGUACAUUACCAGAUGAUGAGUA